AUGGUCGGGAAGCUGUACCACGAGUGCGAACACAAUUAUCGGCCUACACCUUGCAAUCAACGUGCUGAGCUCGUUAUUACUGUGGACGAGCAACACCGCACUGCACUGUCUCUCUUCGCUACCAGGGCUGAAGUCGAUGCUGCCCAUGUCAAGGGCAAAUGGCUUGCUAUUGGGGUGCCCAGUCUGCGCAACAUCCUACGUAUGUCGAAGUGGAAAGCUGCUUGGUGGACGCUACUCGUCCUGAGCUCAUUCCCGCUGCAUCUUCUGUGGAACUCCGUCUUCUUCGAGACACUAGCUACCAACAAGUAUGUGGCGGUGCUUGCAGAAGACGGCUUUCUUACAGGUGAAGCUUGGUCGUUCAAAGGACUGAAUGCCACGGGCGGCAUGCCGGUCAAUCGGACUGUACAACGCCUACAAGCUUUGGCGUCGAAUCAAUCUGCGCUUACCCGGCUCGAGAAUACCGACUGUACCAGGGCAUACGGCCAGCAAUGGCAGAAAGAUCGCCGCCAUCUGAUCAUGGUAGCAAGCGCACAGUCAGCUCUACCUCCGACCAACAGUUCACUCCUUGGCUUGUACUCCUAUCCAAAUGCCGGAGACUUCGUUACCACCUACGGCUGGAUGUGCUCACCGUCCGUGUACGAGCAAGAUGAGCGCGGCGACAGUGCUGGGGUAUAUGCCUGCAACCCAGAACACCUGCAUACACUUGCUGCCGACAAUGCUUCAGCGUGGGCCCAGGAGGCCACAAUGCGUUCAUACGCGACAGUGAGCCUGUGCCCAGUCUCCAUCGUCGAAUGCGGUAGCCAGCCCGGCAACGUAACGGUCGAAUACUGUCUCAGCGAAGAGAUUCCGGAAAGGUGCAGUAUAAACGCGGUGCCACUGUAUCUGGUGAUAGUCGUAAUCUGCAACGGCGUUAAGGUCUUUGGCUUCGCAUGCAGCCUUUAUAUCACGCACGAAUACCCGCCGCUCCUCACUCAGGGGGACGCCAUCCAAUCCUUCCUGCAGCGGCCCGAUAGCACAGUGCGCAGUGAUUGUCUCAGUGAGAAGACGGACUUUGAGCGCAUAUGGAAACGAUCUCAAGCGCGAAGGGCUGAACGGCGGCCGCGCGUCUGGAAAGGGCUAAGACGACGAUGGUUGCGGGCUGAACGGCGGCCGCGCGUCUGGAAAGGGCUAAGACGACGAUGGUUGCGGGCUGUACCAUGUCAUCGCAGAUCUUGCAUCCCCGCCAUUGUCUUUCUGAUCAUGUGCAAUCUUUCUUACAAUCCUGCUUCCACGGCCAACUUUGGUGAGAACCUGUGGUCACUGCUUCCCACAUUCGGCAUUGGCCAGCCUCAGGUCGAUUUCCAGACGAUUGAAACCGAUCAGGGCAUCUUGGCUGCCAUAAUCAGCUCCAACUACCCCCAAAUGUUGCUCACAUAUAUCUUCCUGACGUUCGAGACGGCAAUCGGCAGUAUGGUUGGCAUGGCUGAAUGGACGGCAUACGCGGAACCUAAGCGACUCGCGAAAGGAUUGAGAGUAACGCAUCCUAAGCCGGACACUGACAGCGCACUUCGCUUGCACUGGCUGUUUUCACAGAUGGUGUUCUUUGCCCGAGUUGACGCUUACGAUUACAACGGCACGUUCGACCGCCAGAACUCAUUCACCACGACUUUCUACUCACCUCUGGCAAUGCUUAUUGCUGUCCCGCUGGCGGCCAUAGUCCUACUGAUUGUCAUAGCGGUAGGUCUAAUCGGUCGGUACCCGGCAUGUGCCACGCUAGCGGGUUGCUGCAGUGCGUCCCUCGCUGCUGCUUGUCGGCCUGGAGACGGUAAGGAGGUGUUCCAGGCCGGACUGGAACUCCAGCGGGUGAAAUGGGGGGUCGUGGAGACACUCAGCGAUCUGCAAGGAGGGCCUGGUCAUGCAACGGUCAGUGAUGGACCCAUCACAGCUUUGGCCAGAGGAGGCGGCUAUGAGUGA